CCUGGAGGAGCGCGUGCGGGACCCGGACCGGCGCAGCCGGCUCCAGCAGCUGGAGGAUGACCUGCUGAACGCCCGCUCCGUGCUCAAUGUCGACUGCCUGCUGGACUCGGUGCAGGCGCUGGUGGCCGACAGCGACCAUCCGGCCAUCAAGCGCAUCAAGAACAUCGACUCCUUCCUCGCCCGGUAUGGUGGCGCCGCACGCACCAUCGAGAAUCGUCGCAUGCGCGCCGAGGACUUCUCGCUGAUCAAAGUGAUAGGCCGCGGGGCGUUCGGCGAGGUUCAGCUGGUUCGGCACAACUCCACUCGGCAAGUGUACGCGAUGAAGCUGCUCAGCAAAUACGAGAUGAUCAAGAGGUCGGACUCGGCCUUCUUCUGGGAGGAGCGCGACAUCAUGGCGCACGCCAACUCGGACUGGAUCGUCAAGCUGCACUACGCCUUCCAGGACUUCCGCUACCUCUACAUGGUGAUGGACUACAUGCCUGGCGGGGACCUAGUCAACCUGAUGUCCAACUACGAUGUGCCCGAGAAGUGGGCGCGCUUCUACACGGCCGAGGUGGUGCUGGCGCUGGACGCCAUCCACUCCAUGGGCUUCGUACACCGGGACGUUAAACCUGACAAUAUGCUGCUCGAUAAGCACGGACACCUGAAGCUGGCAGACUUCGGCACCUGCAUGAAAAUGGACAAAGACGGUCUGGUGCGCUCCGACACGGCCGUCGGCACGCCCGACUACAUCUCGCCCGAGGUGCUCAAGUCGCAGGGCGGCGACGGCGUGUACGGCCGCGAGUGCGACUGGUGGAGCGUCGGCGUCGUGUUGUACGAGAUGCUGGUGGGCGACACGCCCUUCUACGCCGAGAGCCUGGUGGGCACCUACGGCAAGAUCAUGGACCACAAGAACGCGCUGCAGUUCCCCGACGACGUGGAGCUGACUAACGACGCCAAGAGUCUCAUCUGCGGCUUCCUCACGGACAGGAGUCAGCGGCUGGGCCGGGACGGCGUCGCCGAGAUCAAGGCCCACCGCUUCUUCGUGGACGACAACUGGACGUACGACACGAUCCGCGAGUGCCCUCCGCCCAAGGUGCCUGAGCUGCUCGGCGACGAUGACACGAGCAACUUCGACGACGUGGAGAACGAGGAGAGCCAGCAGGAGGACUUCCCCACGCCCAAGGCGUUCGCUGGCAACCACCUGCCGUUUGUGGGCUUCACGUACUCGCAGGACUACCAGCUGCUGGGAACCCGGUCCGGCGUGCCAGAUCACAGUCGGAGGACGUCACAGCACGCCAACUCGCAGGUGGAUGGGGCGCACGGCUCCGCCGAGCGGGAGCGGCAGGCGCGCACCGAGGCCGAGCACAAGUACCGCGUGACGCUCACACAGCUGGAGGCGCUCACCGACCACGAGACACGCCUGCGAGAGGAGAAGGCUGACCUGGAGCGGCGGCUCGCCUCCUCGCUGCACGACCUCAAGGAGGCGGGGCGGAAAGCCGACCUGGAACUGGAGACGCGCCGCAAGCUGGAGGCCAAGGUGUCCGAGCUGCAGCGGCUGGUGGAGGAGGAGCAGUGCCGGCGCACGCGCGACGCCAUGACUUCCAACAUCAGCUCCGAGCGCAGCCAGGCGCUCGAGAAGCAGCUCAAUGAGCUCAACGACAAGCUGAAGACCGAGACGGACGCCGGCCUGCGCCUCAAGAAGCAGCUGACCGAGAAGGGCGCGCUGCUGGCUGCCCAGGAGCAGACCGUGCGCGAGCUGACCGAGCGGCUGUCCAGUGUGCAGAACGUGCGGAACGGCCUGGAGACCGAGCUGCUGGCGACGCAGGAGCGGCUGGCCCAGGAGAAGGCGGCCAAGGCGCAGAUCAACGAGCUUAACCAGGACCUGGAGCGCCGGCGCGCUACGGCGCAGGCCGAGGCCGACCGGCUGCAGGGCCGCGAGGCCACGCUGCAGGCGGACGCCAGCCACCAGGCGGACCGGCUGGUCGAGCUGGAGAAACAGACGGCCAGCCUGCAGCUGGAGCUGCGCGCCGUCUCCAGCAAGUACGAGCAGGAGGCGCGCGCGCUGCGUGAGCUGCGCCAGCGCCGCACCGCCAACCAGCAGGAGGCCAACGUCGAGCUCGUCAAGACCCAGCUGAAUGAGGAGCGCACGAGCCGGCAGCGGGCUGAGAGCACGCUGCAGGAGCGCGAGCGACAGAUGUCCAUGCUGAACGUCGACUACAAGAACAUCCAGCACCGGCUGCAGAAGCUGGAGGGCGAGCAUCGCCAGGAGGUGGAGAAGGUGAAGGCGCUGAACGUGCAGGUGGAGCAGGAGGUGCAGAAGCGGUCGUUCCUGCAGAACGACUUCAGCAUGCAGUCCUCGCAGAUGUCGCUGCUGCAGUCGCGCGUGACACAGCUGCAGCGCGAGGUGACCGAGGCACGUCAGGCGCGCUCCGAGGUGUUGGAGCAGCUGCAGCGGCUGCGCGCCACGCGCCAGGUGGACGAGCUGCAGACCAAGGAGCUGCAGGACCAGCUGGAGGCCGAGCAGUACUUCACGGCGCUGUACAAGACGCAGUCGCAGGAGCUGCGCGAGGAGCUGGACGAGAAGACGCGCGUCUGCGGCGAGCUGGAGGAGGAGCGCAACAACCUGGGCCACCAGCUGCAGAUCGCCAUCUCGCGCGCCGACACCGAGGCGCUGGCUCGCUCCGUCGACCAGGAGACCAUCGCCGAGCUGGAGAAGGAUAAGACGGUGCAGAGCCUGGAGGUGCGCGAGCUGCGGAACGAGAUGAACAACAAGGAGCGCUCGGUGACGCUGGCCAAGGACAAGGAGAACGAGUACAUCCGCUCGCUGGACCAGCUGCGGCGCGACAACGAGGAGCUGCAGCGGCUCAUCGAGACCCUGCAGCAGGAGCGUGAGACGCCGCAGCCGGGCAGCCCGCCGGAAGAGCUGGAGCGACUGCGGAAGCAGGUGAAGCAGGAGCAGCUGCUCAAGAUGCAGGCGGUCAACAAACUGGCCGAGAUCAUGAACCGCAAGGACAUCAACAUCGGCCGCAAAUCCAACCCCAAGAGCUCGGCUGAACUCAGGAAGAAGGAGAAGGAGUGUCGUCGGCUUCAGCAGGAGCUCACUCAGGAGCGCGAGAACUUCAACCAGACGGUGGCCAGGUUCAAGGAGGACCAGCAGGAGCAGCAGGCCAUGAUGGCCGAGGACCUUCAGAUCAAGAACAAGCUGCAGAUGGAGCUGGACAGCAAGGACAGCGAGAUCGAGCAGCUGCGUCAGAAGCUGUCCAUGCUCACCUCGGAGACGGCCAGCGUCAGCAGCGGCGCCGACUUCGAGACCGCCGACGGGGAGGACGCGCGUCUGGAGGGCUGGCUGUCGGUGCCCAACAAGCAGAACAUCCGGCGGCACGGCUGGCGAAAGCAGUACGUGGUCGUCUCCUCCAGGAAGAUCAUCUUCUACAGCAGCGAGUCCGACAAGGAGCGCACCGACCCCGUCAUGGUGCUGGACCUAAGCAAGCUGUUCCACGUGCGGCCCGUGUCACAGGGGGACGUGAUGCGCGCCGACCCGCGCGACAUCCCGCGCGUCUUCCAGCUGCUGUACGCGGGCGAGGGCUCGCGCCACCGGCGGGACGACAGCGCGGCCUCUGCCGAGCUGGCGGCGCCCGACAAGCCCGGCCAGCUGGCGCACAAGGGCCACGACUUCGUGCAGAUCAGCUUCCACAUGCCGGCGGCGUGCGACGCCUGCUCGCGGCCGCUCUGGCACAUGUUCAAGCCGCCGCCGGCGCUCGAGUGUGAACGGUGUCACAUGCGCAUGCACCGCGAGCACCUGGACAAGAACGAGGGCACCGUGGCGCCGUGCAAGCUGAACUUCGACUCGCGCACGGCCAAGGAGCUGCUGCUGCUGGCGCCAUCUCUGGACGAGCAGAAGCACUGGGUGCUGCGGCUGGGAAAGCGGAUACAGAAGUGCGGCUACAAAGCCAACCAGGCGCUCACCGACGGCAGCAAGGUGUCGCCCAGGGAGUCGACGCGGUCCGCCUACAAGCCGUACAGUGUUCCAGCGCCGCAGAGCGGCAACAAAUCAGCGACGCUGCCACCUGGCAGCAGUCUACAGAAGCACAAGUGAUAGCCUUGGCCGCCUGGCGGCACCCUAAGUUAACCCCACCCAGUAGUCGGGCCGGCUGAGGUCGCCGGCGUGACGUCACUCCUUCCCGGUGACGUCACCGGCGGAGCCAAUCCGCGAAGACGAGCGAUCGACGAGUGUGCCAUGCAUUUUCCUACCGUGAACCCUAUGUGAUAACAGGAACAAGGCGGCGCCGCCGCGCGACUGGGCCAGACCCAACAGCGUGCCUUGACCACUGCGCUUCUUGUACGUUUGUACAUACAUUCGUGUAUAUACGAUUCGCUAAUCAUCAUUGUAGGCGGUUGAACGUUUUAUAUUUUCCCAGAUUGUGGAAAGAACGCGUGGGAGGCGCGGCCAUUUUGUAUCGUGCGUGCUCGGCGGUUGCGGUGCGGCAGGACGGAGCGGUCUGGUGCCGGGAAGAGAGGUCGAUUUAGCCAGCUCAACUUUAUCUACUGUCCGCUUUAUACACGUGAAAUCGUUAACAAAUAAACACCUCAUCCCA